AAUCCUGACCCUAUGAGUAUAUACUCACGAAUUUGGUUGUUAGCACAAUAGCCGAAUUGCCAUGAGCCCAUCAUAUUCUGCAACUGGGAAGUACGAUGAGGCGAAGAGAGCGAGGAAGAUGAAGCGGGUGGAGAAGGCGCCAGCCAUCAAGAGACAGUUCCAGCAGUCGUACUCUCCUAGGUCUUCGUAGCAAACCGCGCCGCCUGUCGCCUGUCGGGGAGCCUGGGUU